CAUAAACAUGGCGAGCUUAGCAGAUGUCGGCUGGAAACUCUUGGAAUUUAAAGCCCGUUCAAAGCGAUCAGGCUCCAUCUAUGAACCUCUGAAGCUGUCAAAUCUCCAGCGGGAAGAUGAACCCAUCUGGGAGAAGCUGGACCGCUACUACAGUGCAGUCAAGACAACUAUUUUGAACUACCAGAGUCCCACCACUGGUCUGUUCCCAGUAAAAACAUGCUCUACCUGCAAAGAGGCAAAGGUCCGGGACUCUCUGUACUGUGCUGCCAGUGCCUGGGCCUUGGCAAUGGCAUAUCGACGCAUCGAUGAUGACAUGGGACGAACUCACGAGUUGGAGCAUUCUGCCAUCAAGUGCAUGAGAGGAAUUCUCUACUGUUACAUGAGACAGGCCGAUAAGGUGGAGGAGUUUAAACAGGAUCCUAGCCCCUCAAAGUGUCUGCACUCUGUAUUCCAUGUGGACACCGGAGAUGAGGUUUACUUGCACGGCGACUACCACCACCUGCAGAUCGAUGCCGUUUCUUUAUUCCUGCUGUACUUGGUGGAGAUGAUCUGCUCUGAUCUGCAGAUCAUUUUCAACACCGACGAGGUUUCCUUCAUCCAGAACCUGGUUUUCUGUGUGGAAAGAGCAUAUAGGGUACCUGACUUUGGCAUGUGGGAGAGAGGCAGCAAGUACAAUAAUGGCAGCACUGAGCUGCAUUCCAGCUCUGUGGGCCUUGCUAAAGCUGCACUGGAGGCCAUCAAUGGAUUCAACCUGUUUGGAAACCAGGGCUGCUCAUGGUCUGUGAUAUUUGUGGAUCUGGAUGCUCACAACAGGAACAGGCAAACCCUUUGCUCUCUACUACCCAGAGAGUCUCGCUCCCAUAACACAGAUGCAGCUUUACUUCCAACCAUCAGCUAUCCUGCGUUUGCUGUUGAUGAUGAUGCUCUUUACUCUCAGACACUUGACAAGAUUGUCCGCAAGCUCCGUGGCAAAUAUGGCUUCAAGCGUUUCCUCCGUGACGGCUACCGCACCGCGAACGAAGACAAGAAUCGCCGCUACUACAAACCUGCUGAAAUGAAGCUUUUUGAUGGGAUCGAGUGCGAGUUUCCCAUAUUUUUCAUCUACAUGAUGAUUGACGGGGUCUUCAGAGGCAAUAGGGCCCAGGUCAAAGAAUACCAGGAACUCCUUGAACCCAUCAUCUUUCAGUCUUAUGAGGGCCACGCUAUAAUCCCCAAGUACUACUAUGUACCGGCUGACUUUGUGGAGGCGGAGCAGAACAAGCAUGGGAGCCAGAAGCGUUUCCCUAGCAACUCUGGCCGUGAUGGGAAAGUCUUCCUGUGGGGUCAGGCCCUGUACAACAUUGCAAAGCUACUGGUGGAUGAGCUGAUCAGUCCCAAAGAUAUUGAUCCAAUUCAUCGCUAUGUGCCACGACAGGACCAGCGCAAUGUCAGCAUGCGGUACUCCAACCAGGGCCCCAUAGAGAAUGACAUUGUGAUUCACGUGGCCCUGAUAGCUGAGAGCCAGAGACUGCAAGUGUUUUUGAAUACCUAUGGUAUUCAGACCCAGACACCCCAGCAAGUGGAGCCCAUCCAGAUCUGGCCCCAAAAGGAACUGGUCAAGGCGUACCGUUUCCUUGCCUUCAAUAAAAAGCUGGGGUUGAGUGGACGCCCGGAGAGGCCAGUGGGCUGCAUUGGGACCUGUAAGAUUUAUCGUAUCCUGGGCAAGACGGUGGUGUGUUACCCAAUAGUGUUUGAUCUAAGUGACUUCUACUUGUCCCAAGAUGUUAUGCUGCUGAUUGAUGACAUUAAGAACACCCUGCAGUUCAUCAAACAGUGCUGGAAGAUGCCAGGGCGUCCUCUCUUCCUCGUUCUCAUCCGCGAGGAUAACAUCAAAGGAAGCCGCUUUAACCCAGUCUUGGACAUGCUGGCCUCAUUCAAGAAGGGCAGCAUCGGAGAAGUCAAAGUUCAUGUUGACAGACUUCAGACCCUGAUAUCUGGGGCAUUUGUGGAGCAACUGGACUUCCUGCGUAUCAACGAAGCAGAGAUCCCAGAGUUUAAAAGCUUUGAGGAGCUGGAGCUGCCUAAGCACUCCAAGGUGAAAAGACAAACAAGCACGCCAAACGCCUCCGACCUGGAGCAGCAGCCCGAGAUCAAUGUGGAGGAGUGGCAGAACAAGUCCACCAAUGAGAUCAUUCAGAAGUUCCAUGACUGUGACUGCUUGGCAAGUCAGGCUCAGCUUGCUAGCCUCCUUCUGAGGAGAGAAGGACCUGACUUCCUUGCCAAAGAUGAGAACAUGAUGGAAGAAUUGGAGAGAAUCUACAGAAGAGCUGGCAGCCGAAAACUUUGGUCUGUUGUCCGUCUUGCUGCCAGUCUGUUAUCUAAGCUAGUGGACAGCCUUGCCCCCAGUAUUACUAGUGUUUUAGUGCAUGGCAAGCAGGUGACCCUUGGUCUAUUUGGACACGAGGAAGAGGUGAUCUCUAACCCACUGUCUCCGGGGGUGAUCCAGGGCAUCAUCUACAGCAAAUGCUCCCCUUAUGGUGGGGAGCGGGAGGCUGUUCUGCAGCAAGAGAUGGUCAUCCACAUCGGAUGCAUUAUCUCCAACAACCCUGAGCUGUUCAGUGGCAUGAUCAAGAUCAGAGUCGGAUGGAUUGUCCAGGCUAUGAAACAUGAACUGAAGAUCGUGGCAGGAGACAUGCCACCCCAGGACAUCUACCAGCUCUCCCCCAGCGCCAUCAAGCAGCUUCUGCUGGACGUGCUGCAGCCGCAGCACACCGGCAGGUCUUGGCUGAACAAGCGUCAGAUCGAUGGCUCUCUGAACAGGACCCCUUUGGGCUUUUAUGAUCGUGUGUGGCAGAUCCUGGAGAGGACCCCAAAUGGUAUUGUGGUAGCUGGGAACCACCUACCACAGUUGCUGAUGGUGGUGUCCAUAGUUCUGGAGAGGAACCCGGAGUUGGAGUUCAGUGAAAAGGUGGAUCUGGACAAUCUGGUGAAGGAAGCCUUUAACGAUUUCCAGAGAGAUCGCAGCCGCUUUGAAGGAAUGGAGAAACAGGAUGACAUGGAGGAAUUCUACAACACACCACCAGUGGGAAAGAGAGGCACCUCCAGCUACUUGACCAAGGCUGUUAUGAUCCAGUUGCUGCAGGGGGAUGUUAAGCCUUGCAAGGAUGACCCGUGCACUGUUAGUUAAAUUAUAAGCUUUUUUAGCCCAAUACCAGUUGAACACAGUGGACUGUCCCCCAUUCUUGAUAUGCAUUAUAAUGCAUUAUAUGCAUAACCCUAACUUCAGUCUUCAGCAGUACCACUUUAGCAAGCUAUUUUUUUUUUUCCAGAGAUUAGCAUGUCUGCAGUUUGCUCCAGGAAAUAAAAAUAGCUAUAAAAAUAAAAUUGUAAUCAUUAGGGAUCAUUCUAAAGUAGAUCAUGUGUUCUCUUUGUUUUAGCGAUACAAAUUUGUGUGUUAAUUUAUGCAGAGACUAUUUAUCUUAUAUCUUUACAUUUUACUCAUAACUAGCUAAUGUCACCACACAACUAGCUAGCUCUUUUCCCUGCUAUCUGAAUGUUUUUGAUUAGCGUAUCUGCACUUUGUUUUGCAAUUCAUAUACUGUACAUCCAGGAGACUUAGCUUAACUCGGCAUCUACAUUCUGGUCUGCAAGAGAGAAAUUGUUUAUCACAAAGCUUGAACUGUUUGUUGAACUGUUGCUUUAUGAUUUUUGUUGUUGUUGCUGAGAAACUGGUUUUAAAUUCUGUGCGUUCUAGCUGUCAGCUAUUUCAGAAAUAAUACUUCAGUGAGCUGUGCUAAGUAACAGCUGUGCAAUACAUUGUAGCUCACCAGCAAUAACUUGUAGAUGUUACAUAGAAGUUUCAAGGUCAUAGUAUAUCAGGAGAAAGGUGGUUCUUACACUGGUGAAUUUGAUUCCCUGGACAUCAUGUGACUUAUCAUGCAAAGCAGAGGGCAGUAGCUUCUGUCUUUAUUUCAUAUAUGGUUCAUCCAAAAUGUAGCAGUCUCGAUCAAAAUGCAGCAUGGCCCUGUUAACAGGCUGGCUCUGGCUCUUUGGCAUUAGAAACACAUUAGAAAUGUGUGCACACAUUCUAAAAUGUCUUUAUUUUUAAUUUAGCGAAUUACAUAAAAUUUAGAAAUGUAGAAUUCAAAAUACGAACAAAGUUAGGUGUUUGCUGUACUCUUAAAGGAACUCUGUCCUCUUAUUUUUGUGCAUGCAGAAAAUACGCAUGACAAUAGGUACUGUUAGCAUAACAAUUGUGAGGGUUUCUCUCAGUAUUACAGGUAACAAAACAGAGCUUUUGAGAGGCCUCUUUUUGACAAUGAGUACUACUCAUCCAAAGUCCGGGGACUGAGCCUCCCUAAGAAACUGAUGUUUUGUUAAACGUGGGAAACAGAAAAGAUUUCUGCCAUCCUUAACUAGAAAUGAUAAGGCCCACUUUGACUUAUUUUAAAGCGUGCCUCUUUGAAUAUCAUCACUGUGAUGAAUCUGCCCAACCUCGUCCAUGGUCUGUUUGAGUGUGUCGGUGUGUGUUCUUUGCCUCUGUCAUUCAAAAGGAGUAUUUUUAACUCCAAACUGUGGUUUGAAAGAAUAAAGUUAUCACAAAAACUACAAA